AUGACAUAAGGCCGAAAUAUCGUCCACAAUUAAAGCGCGAACUCUUUCCGCGUGAUGGAAAACAUGCGGGAAAAGCUUUGCCACCCCGUUAUGUAGGAUCACUAAAUAGAAAACGUUUCAUAACAUUGAUAAUCCCUAAAAUGUACCGAAAUGAAACGACAAAUCUUUUUGUUCAAGUAGUGUGGUUAACCGUUUCUCACAACGGACAAAUAUAUUACAAUCCAAACAAAUUUCAAUGUGAUAACAAAAACGAAAAAUUGCAAGACAGAAAUCCAAUUUACUAUAAAGUUAAUCAACAUGUCGAUGUUGAUACUGGACAACUGACGAUAAAAUUAGUGUGCAUCAGAAGCAAAUUAGAUGAACUAUUGUGUGCUCGAGCGUUCCGACCCUUUAGACUUGAUGGUCAGUUAAUCGAAUCCAUAAUAUCAUUAACUUCAGCCGAAUUAAAGCAAUAUAAAUUAGAACAGUCGCAACUUGCAUUUACUCUAUGUCGAUAUAAUGGUAACAACCAACAAUUGAAUGACAAUAAGAAAGGUGCACCAUUAGCAUUUGACAUUAAUGAAGAUGAAAUUCAAGUGCUGCAUGAGACAACUUUUAUAUCAAAGAUAAUGACUGAACAAGAAAAACGGCAACGGAAAAAAACAUCAACACCAAUAGUAAAAACAGCAAAGGCUGAAUGUCAUAGGAUUACAUGUAUACACUGUGGACAUAAAUUUGCGCCGGAACGAAGUGUUCAGGCAACUAAACGCCAAGCAAGCCCAUUAAUAUUCGUAGCAGCUAAAAAACAACGUCAAAAAUCAACAAAUAGAGUAUGUUUUGUGUGGGUGUGGAUGUGGUUUAUAGUGACACAUGCUUUUUCUUCUCUCUAUUUAUAACAGUUGAUUGGUGACAUUAGUUGUAUCCGUAAAUGAUUAUUCAGUUUGACGAUCAUGCUGAUUAACUUUAUGAUAAAUUGGAUUUGUGUCUUGCAAUUUUUCGUUUUUGUUAUCACAUUGGAAUUUGUUUGGAUUGUAAUAUAUUUGUCCGUUGUGAGAAACGGUUAACCACACUACUCGAACGAAAAGAUUUAUCGUUUCGUUUUGGUAUCUAUU